AAUGGAACAAGAAAUAAGAGCUGUUGUUCUGGGGUGGCAGAAAUCUGACAAAGCCUCAGUGAUAAACAGCAUUUUAGGUGAUAAAGUUGAGCUGGAUAAAUACUUUGUGAAAUCUGUGAGGAAAGAUGGUGAAGUGAACGGAAGGAAGAUAUCUCUGAUUAAUACUCCAUGUUGGUGGGAGAAUUUGCAAGACUCACCAGAGGCUGUUAAACAAGAGCUGGUUUGCAGUGUUUUCCUGUGUCCACCAGGACCUCACGUCUUUCUGCUGGUCAUUAAUCAAAGUUUGACUUUUGAAGAAAACAGACUCACCAUCGAGAAGCACCUUAGUCUCUUUGGUGAGAAAAUCUGGAGACACACAAUAGUGUUGCUUACUCAAAGAGUUUCAGUGAAGAGCACAGAUCUUCAGCGGAUCAUACAGAGAUGUGGAGAAAGAUAUCAUGUCUUUGAUUUUGAAAAUAAAAGUGUUGGAGUCAAAGAUCUACUUGACUUGAAGAUUGAUGAUGUUGUUGCAGCAGGGCUGGAUUGGUAA